AUGAAACGUUUAUGUUUGAUAUCACUCUUACUUUUGAUAGACUUUCCAACGUCAAUCCACGCACAGGCAGCAAUGUAUGAUGCCACCGGUGACGCCACGACAUUUCUCCUCACGGUCAUGGCUUCUUUUAUUUUUACAUCAUCAAAACGAUAUUGCUCACACAAAAAUUAUCGGAAUACUUAUCGCCUUGGUCCGGCGAUGGUGAUAUUAGCAUUUGACAAUGGAUUUGUUUACGCAUCUGAAACAGUGAAUAAUCUUCGUACUAUAAAUCCUUAUUUUGUGGCUCCUAUUUGUGAGGGACCUUUCAAAUCUUUCAGGUGUGGACUUUCUAGUGUAUUGCUCACAACAGCCAUGGCGUUUGCGUUUUUGCUUUUGUUUCUACCAUUAUGCGGCUGUUGCUUUUCCCCAUUCUAUAUAAGAUUUCUCUCAACCUCAUGCCAUGCAGUAGUCAUAGGUAUGUUAACGCUUGUAGUGGGGUGGCCGUUGAGCAAUAAUGUGUAUGUGACAAAGAUUGUAUUAGCUAUUGGUGCUUUGUCUAUCACACGAAUCAUUAAUCGUUUCAAGGAUUUUGAAGGCGAGACUAUAAACGACCAAGGACAAACAGAGAAACCUAAAAGAGUUCUGUUGUCACACUUUUUAUUUGAUUUUGAGAAGUAUAGCGAUUAUGAAUAUGAGCAAACUAGAUAUGUAGUAUAA